GGCGUCGGCGGAAGCGAGUUGGCGGUGAGGCGGGGGCAAGAUGGCGGUGGUGGAAGUGGAGGUGGUGGGGGCGCCGCUGGAGCCCGGCGCCGACGAGGUUGACCUCUCGCACCUGGACCCGGAUGAGAGAUGGAGGAUCGAGCAUGCCCGGAUGCACGCCAAACACCGGGGCCACGAGGCCAUGCACGCCGAGAUGGUCCUCAUCUUGAUUGCCACGUUGGUCGUCGCCCAGCUGCUCCUGGUACAGUGGAAACAGAGGCACCCUCGCUCCUACAACAUGGUGACCCUCUUCCAGAUGUGGGUCGUCCCCCUCUAUUUCACCGUGAAGCUGCACUGGUGGCGGUUCCUGGGCAUCUGGAUUUUCUUCUCGGCCAUCACAGCUUUCGUUACCUUCCGAGCCACCCGGAAGCCCCUUGUCCAGACCACCCCCAGAUUGGUCUACAAGUGGUUCCUCCUCAUAUACAAAAUCAGCUACGCCACAGGCAUCGUGGGCUACAUGGCUGUCAUGUUCACCCUCUUUGGACUUAAUUUAUUAUUCAGAAUUAAACCAGAAGACGGCAUGGAUUUUGGGAUCUCGCUCCUGUUCUACGGCCUCUACUACGGAGUCCUGGAACGGGACUUUGCGGAAAUGUGUGCGGAUUACAUGGCCUCCACCAUCGGGUUCUACAGCGCCUGUGGGAUGCCCACCAAGCACCUCUCGGACAGCGUCUGUGCCGUCUGCGGGCAGCAGAUCUUCGUGGACGUCAACGAGGAAGGGAUCAUCGAGAACACCUACCGGCUCUCCUGCAACCACGUCUUUCACGAGUUCUGCAUCCGGGGCUGGUGCAUUGUGGGGAAGAAGCAGACCUGCCCGUACUGCAAGGAGAAAGUGGACCUCAAGCGGAUGUUCAGCAAUCCCUGGGAGAGGCCGCACGUGAUGUACGGACAGCUGCUGGACUGGCUGCGCUACCUGGUGGCGUGGCAGCCGGUCAUCAUCGGACUGGUGCAAGGGAUUAACUAUAUCCUGGGGCUGGAGUAGCCCCCCAUCCCCCGGUUCCUGCCCCAGAGCCAGAACGCCCUGGGGAGCCGGGCUCUCGAGCCGCCCGGCCCAGGACGCCUUGGGAGCCCCAGGAGAAGUGUUCUCGGUCACUUUACCUCUCAGGACCGUGGCCUCCGGCCCAGUGCUGCUGCGCCACAACCCAGACGGACUCUGCGCACGAGGAGCACCCCUGAGGCCGGCUUCUGCUGCUUGCAGGAUGGGAGGGAGGAGGUCUCCCUCUUUCCUUUUUCCUUUCUUUUUUUUUUUUAGCAAGAAAGAAAAUUAUUUUAACGAGCCUAUCGAAACAUCUUUUUAUUCCUGAUGCAAAAGGAAAUGGAUGUUUCCCUCUGGCAUCGCCCCUUUGGGCCAGGCCUGCCCCCGCCCCCUCCUCUUGGCCGCCUCUGGAGGAGGUCGAGAGGGGCUCCUGCCCUGUUCCCCAGCCCCAUCAUCCCCAACCGACCCAGGGGGUUCCCGUCCUCUGUCGACCAAACCCCGAGUCUGGGUUUCCUCCGUUUCUCCUGCCCUCCUUGGGCCUUCAGCAGGAGGGGCCCCAGCCUGAAUUUUGGGGAAGAGGCUCCUCUGCCUUCCGCACUCUCCCCUCUAAAUGUCUCUUGCGAAUGGUUCCUAGUCAAACCCGGGACUUUUCUUGCCUGCCCGUUAGACCGGUCGAGCUUUGGAAGUAGCAGCUCAAAAACGUGGUCAGCCGUUGUCUUUCUCUCCCCUAAACAAGCCAACCCGCCAGAUUGAGGGGUUUCGGGGGGCAUCGGCUCCUCUCCUCUCCCUCCACUUCGCCAGGAGGAAGCAACACCGUGCUGCGUUCAUCCCAACGUCGCUGAGAAGUCCUGCUCAAUCCAAGGAUUGCUGGGUGGCCUCCCAUCCUCACCACUGUCUGGUUAUUUUGGGGGCUUGGCGUGGCAGCGUUCGGUUUAACGAACAGCGGUGUUAAUGCGGGGAAGGAGAAUAAAGCCAGGAGCUGCUUUGGCGCAUUUUAACUCCAGGAGAUCGGUGCAAAUGGGUGGGGGGCAGGUGGCCCUUGACCCAGGAAGAGAGGAAGUCGCUCCCACCCAACCCUCCUCGCACCUGGGUCUGUAUCGGGGAGGUGGGCAUUGCGUAGAGCUCCUUUCUCUUAGCCCCAGAUGAGAGGAGGUGAGAUGCCUAGCCGGGCAGAUCCCCUUCCGCACAGGGGCUCCCGGACCCCUUGCGAGAGGAUGACCUCACCCUGUCAAGGACAGGCUCCAGGGUCUCCAGAAGGUUGCUCCCCAUCACCACCUAUGCAGCGGCCGAAAUACCGGGUGCCUCCACAGGGGACGGGGGUUCAGUUGUGGGGUGCAUCUCUCUGGCUCGCCACUCACAGGACAAGGGCCAGGCUGUGUCUCUGCCACUUCGUGGCUCUCGCUUUCCUGGGCAUCAGCUCGUAGGGGAAGCUUUGCAGCCGGUCACAGCCUCUCCCUGAUCCCCACGAAUAGCGGGGUGAUGGGCUUCCCUGGAUCACCAGGAAAGGGGUCCAGAUGCAGAGCUCUCUCCAGCAAGGGGAGGAAGCUGGGACGGUUGGGGGGUCAUUCCUAACCAUGGUUGGCAUCCUUCCAGAUGUGUCCAGUACACACACAUACACACACACACACAGCCUGGCCCCCCCUGUGCAACCUACUGCCAACAGGGAACUUUCUUGUAGACAAAUCCUUAAAGAGUGCAGAUGGAUUUUUUUCUCUCCCCCCCACCCCUUUUGAAACAACGUGUAAUAAAUUCUGCUAAAUUGCU